AUGGCGGGUCCCGAGCAGUCUCGGCAGCAUCAGCAGCAGGUAGAGGAGAGGGAAGAGCCCAUAGAUGAUGCUGAGAUGGCUCUGCGAGGGAUCAACAUGCUGCUGAACAACGGAUUCAAGGAAAGCGAUGAGCUGUUUAAGCGAUACAGGACACAGAGCCCACUGAUGAGUUUUGGCGCCAGCUUUGUCAGUUUCCUGAAUGCCAUGAUGACAUUUGAGGAGGAGAAGAUGCAGAUGGCCUGCGAUGACCUAAGGACCACCGAGAAACUGUGUGAAAGCGACAGCGCUGGAGUGCUAGAGACAAUCAGAAACAAGAUCAAAAAGAGCAUGGACUCUCAAAGGUCAGGCGUUGUAGUUGUGGACCGUCUACAGAGACAGAUCAUUAUUGCUGACUGCCAAGUGUACCUUGCUGUCCUGUCAUUCGUCAAACAGGAACUCUCAGCAUAUAUAAAAGGAGGUUGGAUUCUCCGCAAAGCAUGGAAGAUGUACAAUAAAUGCCACAGUGACAUCAGUCAGCUCCAGGAAACCUGUCAGCGAAGGUCUUCAGGCAACCAAGAGGCCCUCUCAGUAGACAACGCCAACCACAAUGUUCCUGUGGAGAAUGGUGUGACAGCUGAGGCUCUGGACCGACUCAAGGGCUCUGUCAGCUUCGGCUAUGGCCUCUUCCACCUGUGCAUAUCCAUGGUGCCACCACAUCUGCUCAAAAUCAUCAACCUGCUCGGUUUCCCCGGGGACCGACUCCAAGGUCUGUCCUCCCUCAUGUAUGCCAGUGAGAGCAAGGACAUGAAAGCACCACUAGCUACGUUGGCCCUCUUGUGGUACCACACAGUAGUGCUGCCGUUCUUUGCUCUGGAAGGCUCUGACACACAGGCAGGGCUUCUGGAGGCCAAAGCUAUUCUGCAGAGAAAGUCAGUUGUUUACCCCAACUCGUCCCUCUUCAUGUUCUUUAAAGGACGAGUGCAAAGGCUAGAGGCAAGUUCAGCAUGCAUGGAGAAAGUGUUGAUCAUUUGUGACAUUGAAGCCAAACUCUCUGUCAGUGUGUGCUUUCUCUCCUGUCCCCAGUGCCAUAUCAACAGUGCUUUGGCCUGUUUCCAUGAUGCAUUAGAACUUGCAUCAGACCAAAGAGAGAUCCAGCAUGUUUGUCUCUAUGAGAUUGGUUGGUGUAGCAUGAUUGAGAUGAAUUUUGAAGAUGCUUUCAGAGCCUUUGAAAGGCUGAAAAACGAGUCACGCUGGUCUCAGUGCUAUUAUGCCUACUUAACAGGAGUGUGUCAGGGUGCCUCAGGGGACCUGGAAGGAGCAAGUGGAGUUUUUAAAGAUGUCCAGAAGCUUUUCAAGAGAAAGAACAAUCAGAUAGAACAGUUUGCAGUUAAACGGGCUGAGAGAUUGAGAAAGGUUUCACCCACGAGAGAGCUUUGUAUCCUAGGCGUAAUUGAAGUACUUUAUCUGUGGAAAGCAAUUCCAAACUGCUCCUCUUCUAAACUGCAGAUAAUGAAUCAGGUAUUGCAGAGGUUAGAAGAGGCUUCAUGCAGAGGCCUGAAACAUCUCCUUCUCGGUUCCAUUCAUAAAUGCCACGGAAACAUGAGAGAUGCAGUUCAGUCAUUCCAACUGGCUGCCAGAGACGAAUAUGGACGACAGAUCAACUCUUAUGUUCAGCCAUAUGCUGUCUAUGAACUGGGAUGUUUACUUCUUGCAAAACCAGAGACGGUUGGAAAGGGAAGAUCAUUCCUUCUUCAAGCCAAGGAUGAUUUUACGGGCUAUGACUUUGAAAAUCGCCUUCAUGUCCGUAUCCACGCAGCCCUGGCUUCUCUGAAGGAGGUGGUGCCACAGUGA